UCUUCAUGUAGCGCCUUUUAUAAGUUUGUUUACCCCGGCGAUAUAUCUAACAUUUUUUGAUGACUGGAAGUUUAGCUCGCUAUAACAUAUCUAUCGUUGAUGGUUUUGUUAAAGAAAGCACAACAUUCAGAGAACUCAGCAGUAAUGCGAAGUGUAUACUUGCUAACAUACUUUCUAUGACAAAUGGAGACUUAGCGAAAACAGCAUCGUAUUUGGAUACGCUUUUAAACGAGACCGAAAGGAAAAUAAAAAUUCUUUCGGAUGGGAAUAUGAGCGAUGAAGAUUUUUAUGUCGAACUAAUGAAACUGAAAAAUGAGCACAGAGAUACUGUUGACAUAAUUGGCAGUCUUUAUUCGACUUCUGGUAAAUCUGAUCCGAAGCAAAACCGCGGUGAUUGUUUGCACGAACUUAAUGAAAGAGACGUUUCAAAAGAUAGCCUGAGCAAUCAGUUAAAUAGCCCCGAAACUGUAUGCUGCGACUGUAAUCAAAUCAGACACUUGUGUCAAGAAGAACCUAAAUAUAAGCAUAUUGGAAGUGAUUUUGAACUUUACGAAACGGGAGAGUGCGAUACUUUGAGGACACAGAGAACAGAAUGUGGAUGUUCAAACAGUAAAAUGGAUGAAAACAAAACAACUAGUGACAACAAUUACAAAAAAGAUACUGUUCAUGAGGACGGCCCAUCAGUCACAUCUUGGAGGCACCAUAUUACUGUACCGGAACCAUUUGAAAUGACAAAGCGAGAGGAAUCUUUAAAACGUGCCAAAAGUCUACAAAGUGAAAACAAAUUCUCACAGCCCGGUACUGUUCAGGAUGAUGUUAAUCUACACUUUGGUAAACCAUUCAAAGCCACACCAAUACCCUCACACGUUUAUUUGCCACUAUAUGGGAAAUUAAUGGAAGAAAAUGCUCGUAGACGUGAAGCUAUCAGGGCGUACCGUAAAGAAAUUUUAAAAUCAACUGAAAAGCCGUUUAAUUUUACUAUACGGGAAAAUCUUAAAAAGGAGCAGAACGAUUUCAGUCGGGAGAAAAUGAAACAAGAUAUGAUCUUUAGCGCUGACAAAAAAGCUGUGCCUUCUAAAGAUGAUGGACGUUCAGAUCCUCUAGACUUACCAUCACAGUUAUAUGAAAAAAGAUUUGAGCGUAUGCAAGAGGAUUUGCUGUUAAAACAAAUCAGACGUCAUUUACGAGCUCAAAGACUACUACAAUCAGCUUCUUUACCACCAGGUAUGGAGGAGCGACAACAUCGUAUGAAUAUACGGAUGCAAGAAAGAAAGGCUAGAGACAGAAAACUUCAUCAAAUUAAUAAUUUAGAUAAUUCAGAAUUCGAAACAAAACAAUAUCAUCAUUAUCAUCCAGCUCCAGAUUUUAAAAAAUUACACUGGAAAUCUAGUAAAGCAUUAAGACGUUUAUGGAAACCACCACCAGAGCCAACUAGACCAAAAUCAUUUAAUUUACGUACAAGUGAACGUGCUAAUUCAAUUGUUCGUCAUUCAUCAAUAGACAUGAAUAAAGAAGAAAUGAAAAAAGAAGAAAACACUAUUCAUUCAACUGUCAAACAUCCAGUUUUAGACACAUCAAUACCACCAGCUUUAUCAAGAUCAACCAUACUUCGAGCGAAUUAUAUCGAAAAUUCAUUGGCUAAAGCAAAUUUAGAUGAAAAAAAGAAAAAAGAAACAGAAUAUUUAAAAAGAUUAAAACAAAAAGAAGUGUCCAAUUUAAUGAAACAAACUUUAGGUGAACAAAUUAAAUCACCUAAGAAAAUUAUCAAUUCAAUUACUGAAGCACGUAAACGUCAAUUAAUUCAAAAUGAUUUAACACGUCAAGCUGAAUAUCAACGUGAAUUGAAUGCAAUUCAACAACGUGUUGCAUCUAAACCAUUAUUGUUAACUAGACAAAAUCAAAUUGCAGCUCGUAAACGUGUUGACGAGAAAAUCAAUGCAUCUUUACAAAAGGCUGGUUUAAAUUUAAAAGAAAUCAUUGAAAAAUGUCAUGAUACAAAUAGUAAAAAGACUAAAUCGGAAAAAUCUUUAACGAAAGUUUCUGUGGAACCAUAUGAUCCAGAAAAUCAUUUUGGUGACCUAGGAGAUAAUUAAAGCAAUAUGAAAUGAGGUUAUAUUUUUACAUUUUUACAACAAAAUGUUAUUGACCACUGAAUAAUUAAUUCAUCUUACCACAUUAUCCAUUAAUUGUAUCCUUGUAUUCAUUGAAAGAUUGAAUUUUAUUCCUUAUGUUCAAUUUGAAUAUUUUAAAUGACUUUUUUCAGAGUACCAAUAUACAUUUUAUUCAUUGAGACACAUUUUACAAUCUUGCAUCUAUUUGGUGGUUUCUGAAAUUUUCAGUCACACGUUUACAUUUUUGUCAGGACGGGGCUGUCAGAAAACUUGUUUAACUUUAUUUAACUACUUGUAAGUAGGUAAACGAAAUAAUGUACAUUUUGUACAUGGAAUUUCACAAUUAAAUAAUUCCAGUCA